GUGCCGAUGUCAAAACACAGUGUCAACAAGAUUACAUGACUACAGGCGGGAUUUCUGUAGCCGACGUGCUAACAAAAAUCCACGUUGAAUUCUAUGGAUAAUUAUUUUAUUCAAGUAAUAACACAAGACAUUAAGAAAAUAGCUGGCUUGUAUGUGUCUGUGUAUCUGCAGCUCCGUGAGCCAGCUAAGUACUGUAUAUUCGCAUCUCUUUUUGUUUAUCCCAGUAAUGUCUGGUUGUAGCACUUUAGAGUAGCUAAAAAAUAAGUAAGAAUUGACAAGAGCUUGGACACCAUGGAAGAAGAGGACACACAUUACUGUUUGCGUUGUCGUCUCACCAUAAUUGGUUUAGACAACUAUGUCCAUCAUCGGAGACAGAAGUGCCAUUCAACCACAAAACAACAAGAUCGGAUAAUUCCCAAUAAUACAUCUUACCUCAGCAUGGCAAGAAACAACAGUUCCUCUAGUAUAAGAAAUCAUCUUCAUGUACCAUCCAAGAGUUCCAACAGGUCAGACCCAAUUCUUUCUUCUUCGUCCAACCACAUGGAAGAAUGUUACAAAUCUCGUCAUGUCAACGAAAACCCACUGGUGACCGACCUGUCGGUCGAUAACGCAGCCGAUGAUUUUAUGAGUCACUUAGGAUUGUGCAUGGUUUCCUCGACCACAUGGGCAAAUGACAUUAAUGCCGAGGAACCACUGCGAGCUGACGAUUUUUUCUCCUUGUUGGAACUUCAGAGCUGUAAAGGAACUGAAUCAAAUCGGCAGCGCCCACGUCGGUCCACAGAACCCCUAGUCGCCUCCACUGACCCAUUGAAAUCCGGAAGUGAAUCAAUGCAAACUGACGAUCCAAAUGACUCGAACUUCCCUGUUGUCGAAACGACUGAUCUCAAUUCAUCCCAUGAUUCAGCCGCUGCUGAAUUGGCGAGCAACGAAGAUAUUACAGAUAAUUCAGCUUUAGUGGCUAAUGACAUCAUCUCGUCCUUCAGCAGCCCAGAACUGGUCGCCAAUUUGGAAGUUCCAAGCACCGAAAUGAAAGUCAACCUCUCAAAUGAAACGGUGACCGACUCGACUAGCGAUGAUCUAUGCAUUUCCAGCCAACAAUCAACUAAGCUACCUUAUCCCUCGCGAGGUAAGUGGAUGCCUGGUCUCAAGCCGCGCGUCAUCCACAAGGCCGGCUCUUCGGUCGAAUACCACUGUAAGCCGUGCAAUCGUCGUCUGACGGGCCGCGUCGUUUUCGAGAAACACCUUCAAUCGGAGCUGCAUUUCAAACGGACCGCUCAACAGCUGACAACCUCCGAUGAUUCCAAGUACGGGCUGAGACGCAAUAAGCCGGACGUUGCGCGCGUUGAUUUAGUUGAACAAGAAAUAGAUGCUCUGCAAGAUGACGAAGAUGUCGAUGAUCCAUGGUGGAUAAACAAGCAAAAGAAGAGGGCAGAAAGAAGUGCUCAACGUUGUCCCACCUGCUCGGUUUGGGUACCCAGACCUCAUUUCGGCAAGCAUUUGGUAUCACGCUAUCACGUUUCCCGCUGCCGGAAGCAUCCGGCUCGAGAUAGUUGCAUUCUGGAGAACAUACACGUGAUUGUGUUGGAAGCACCAUUUCAGUGUCGGCUCUGUCGCUUUUAUUGUCAUUGUCAUGCAGAUCUAUUAAUUCAUUGGAAUAGUGCACAGCAUUUGGAGAGCGAUCGCGUCGAUUCUGUUCGCCGCGGUGGAGGGACAUAUUUUUGCAGCUUGUGUCGGAUUGGCCAGCUGGAUAACGACAGCAUGAAAAUUCAUUUAGCAUCGGAAAAUCACCUCAGUUGUGUUCGAAUUGUUCAUAAAUCGGUGGCGCUCAUCGUCAGCAAACUGGAACCAAUUCACUGUCACCUGUGUAGUUCAAAAAACAGUCCAGUGAACUUCCGCUACCGAAUAGCGCUCAAUAAACACCUGACGUUGGAUCACGCCGUUCCGUCCGAUAUGCUGACCCAAUAUUCCAGCCAAACCUAUUCUUGUACCUAUUGUGAUUUCAGCACAUCAUCAAACUGGUCGUUUACUCAUCACCGUUUCAGCUGUCAAGCUGCGCCUAGUGACGAGACUCGUUAUCGAUGCCUGAUCUGUAACCUAGGCUUUUGUACUAAAGCGGAAGUAACGAAACACAGGUCCACACAAGAGCAUCGUGAUGUAGCUACCAAAAAGCGCGGCUCCUACGGUGCGACAGUGCGACUCCGAUCUUGCCCACAUUGCUAUAAGCAGUUCACCGACUUAGCCAGCCUCAAAAAUCACUUCGUGUCGGAUCAUCCGGACCUUCUUCCGCGAUGCAUCCGCUGCGGUACCACUUUUGCUUUGAAGCAACAACUUUCAGCGCACAGACGAGCCGGUUGCCAAGCGAUGGAAUCGUCGGAAUCCUUGGCCUUGGGUUGCGUUUCUUGUUCCUAUAAAUGCCGCCUUAAAGUUGAGCUUUUGUAUCACCAGGCUGUCGAGCAUCCUAAACAAUCAGGCAAACCUUCGAAUGAGAAAUCGGACGCGUCGGCCGUUAAGUACCGGUGCCCCGAGUGCGAGCAGCUCUAUAGCAGCACGGCAGCGCUCAAGGUUCAUCUCAAGUCGCACACUGGAGAGUUGGCCUUUCGCUGCCAUCACUGCGGCCGUCAUUUCGAGCGGGAAGAAGAGCGACUGGCUCAUAUCCGACAAUUGCACGCGCUGCGUCCGACGAACAUCAAAGGCCAGUCGAUGGCCGCGCGUGAGGAGAACGGACGAGCAAAAGGAUGCGAUACCCACUUCAAAUCGUCAUCGUCGCGGACUGGUGCCCAUGUUCAUCCCGACAACGCGGAAUGAUCUCGCGUGAUGAUGAGCACCAAUACACGGAAUGGAGCCGCCUUUUCUCAAAUGCCCGUUUCCCAUCUGGAACAAACUUGGAGGUGGACCGGUGGCCGAAGAGUUGUGUGAGCAGAAACCCGUUCACUUCCAUAUAUAUAUGUAUACACACGUCUCAUACAGGCCUCCUCUCGUACAGCCAGGCGGCGGGGAAUCGAUCGAUGGAUGUCGUAUGUCAG